CGGCAGAAAUGCAGGUCCUCGAACUUUUUUUGGCUUUCAGAUUGCACCCGGCCGCUUCACAUGCGAUUCAGCUUGAUCAUUACCACUGCGCUCCCAAUUGUCUCUCAAGUUUCCCGCAGCCCUUUUUGGGCCUUUCUUUUUGAUUCAUAUAAGAACCAAUUACCAAGGAGCUGCAAAAUGGAUAACGAAGGCCCUUGGCAGAAACUGGAUCCUGUUAAGCUUCGACAAGAAGCCGAGGCUAAGGAGGCGAAGCUCAAGAAACAGCAGGAACAGCGACUUAUCCGAGCCGAACUUCGACGGGAAAAACGCCACGCUAAAUCCGAAGCCAAGCAAGCACGAAAAUUGAACAUCAAGCGAGCUGCAAAAUGGACUCCAGAACGCAAGGCCCUGGACAAGCAAAAGAAACUUGCCAGCAAACCUCACAAGGAAGAAAAGAGACGCAGACGGCUGCGUCAUCGCGCGGAGAAGCUCGAAGUUCAAGCUCGCAAACUUUGGGCCGAGGCCCAAAAAGCUCGAGCCCAAGCUGAUGUCUUAGAUCAACAGAAAGAGGAAGAAGAAGCGGAAAAGAAUAGACUGAAGAAAGAAAUUGAGCAGGCGGCACAGGACCCUGAAAACGAGGAUUACAUCCCUCUCAAUGCACCACGGAUUACCAAGGAGAGCUCUAAAAACAGUCAUGCAGAGAAAUCGCAGAAAACAGAAGACGAAAAGUUAGAGGAACUUGACCCAUCCCUUACGACCAGUGAGCAACACCUCGACGCUGAAGUGGAACAGAGGCGCAAAGUAAAGAAGGAGAAAAAGCGAAAGCGACUUGCUGAAGAGGACGAAACAGACGCGCCCUCAACAGCCAUUACAGAGGUCGAUAGUAUGGAGGAGACCGAAGACGAGAGCGAAGCUCCCAAAGAGAGGAAGAAGAAGCGCAAAGUAGAGCAGAACAAUGACAAUAACGCUGAGGUGGAGACAGCUACUUUAAAGAAGGAUAAGAAGGACAAGAAGAAAAACAAGAAAGAUAAAAAGGAGAUAUCCGAAGAUGAUGCUACCGAAGUAGCGGGCACCAGUGAGUCGCCCAAGGAGAAGAGCAAGAAAAAGGAGAAGAAAAAGAAGCAGAAGAAAUCUACCGAGGAAGAUGUGUCUGAGCCCAAGACUAAAGGCGAAUCUCAAGCCAAUGAUGGAGAGCAAUGGAAUGUCUCAGCAUUAGAGGGCGAUGCGAAGAGAAGAGAAAAGUUCUUACGACUGCUAGGGGGCGGGAAAGCCAAUGGCGCAGCUACCGGCGACCAAACCACAUCGACAUCAUCUAAAACAGAUAUAGCCAAGAUGCAGUCUGACUUGGAGCGCCAAUUCGAUGUUGGAAUGAAGAUGAAACAGGAAGGGCACAGUCACAGAAAAGGACUGGGAGCUUGAUACUUAAACUCAUGGGCCUGGCGUUUGGGGAGGAAAAUUCCUUUAAUUAUACCACCAUUUGUUCAAUAGGUGCAUCUGUCUCGAGUAGCAACCACAGGGGACAGCACAUUCUGCUGCGUUGGGUUAUCAAUCCAAGUUUGACAAUACAUUCAAAU